AUGGCCAGGAGGAAUGGCACCGUAGUGACUGAGUUCUUCCUCACUGCGUUCAGCGAGCAUCCCGAGUGGGGGCUUCCUCUCUUCCUGGUGUUUUUGAGCUUCUAUCUACUCACUCUGCUGGGGAACGCGGGAAUGGUCCUCCUGAUCCGCGUGGAUGGCCGGCUGCACACCCCGAUGUACUUCUUCCUCGGCCACCUCUCGUUCGUGGACAUGUGCUACUCGUCGGCCAUCGUGCCACAGAUGCUGGCCGUGCUUCUGGAACACGGGGCCACGCUGUCCUACUCCCGCUGUGCCGCACAGUUCUUCUUCUUCACCUUCUUUGCUUCUAUUGACUGCUACCUUCUGGCCAUCAUGGCCUAUGACCGCUACGUGGCCGUGUGCCGGCCCCUGCUCUAUGUCACUGUCAUGACCGAGAAGGCCCUCUGGGGCUUAGUGGCCGGGGCUUACGGCGCCGGUCUCUCCAGCGCCUUUGUUCGCACGGUCACCGCCUUCACCAUCUCCUUCUGUGGGAACAACAAGAUCGACUUUAUCUUCUGUGACCUCCCUCCUCUGCUAAAGCUGACCUGUGGAGACAGCUACACCCAGGAGGUGGUCAUCAUUGUGUUUGCCAUCUUCGUCAUGCCUCUUUGUGUCGUGGUGAUCCUGGUGUCCUACCUGUUUAUCAUCAGGGCUAUCCUGCAGAUCCGCUCUGCAGGGGGCCGGGCCAAGACCUUCUCCACCUGUGCCUCCCACCUCACGGCUGUGUCCCUCUUCUUCGGUACCCUCAUCUUCAUGUACCUCAGAGAUAACUCUGGCCAAUCCUCAGAGGAAGACCGAGUGGUGUCCGUGCUCUACACGGUGGUGACCCCCAUGUUGAAUCCCUUCAUCUAUAGCCUGAGGAACAAGGAGGUAAAGCAGGCAUUUAGGAAAGCCCUGUGCAGGACAAAGGUUUCUGGAAAGCCCUAG